GUGGUAGAAUCUUGGUUAUCUUCCUCUGAUGUUGGCCUUCAGUUGUGGGAUCUGUCGAUGAAUUUAUUCACAGUGUCAGAUGCAAGACAACAAGAGUCAACCGACAUCACAUUACAUGCCCAUUUCCACCUUCCAUCCACGGCGCUUCAACCCGCAGCGACCUUCUCGACGAUAACCGCCUUUGAGGCCACCGAGGCGACGCGGCGCGCAUGGAACGAGCGUACACUGUGGUUCUGUCAUGCGCAUGUUGCGCGGUCAUUGGAGGAGCGAUGUGAGGGCAUAAUCUCUCGUACACCAAUUCGGCAAGGUGAAACGCAAGAGCCAAUGCAGCUGGAACACAAGGCGUUAGGCGAGACUUUGUGCAUGCCUGGUGAUGCGAUGUGGAGGAGCGAAAAAUUGCCUGGCAUUCUCAUCACAUUGAGUUGUCACAUUGGAAGCGCUGAAAGGGCACACUACAAGGCAAUCCUGUAA